AUAAUAAAGCGGCGAUUACACGAAGCUCGCACUUCAUUCAACCGCCGGCUGCCGUUCUAGCGAAAAUAGCCACCCACUUUUGUUGCAUUUCGCAUUCCCCGGCAUGGUCUGCUGAAUGCAAGUUCGCCCCCUUUUACAUACACCGUGAAGCAUAUGUAACGGCACAUAUAGCCCGCUAAAUGUGUUAGUUUGCCUAAUGCGGGACCGCAGACCCCAUCGUAAAAGGGCAACACCAACAGAACAGUGUGUGCACAGCAAAGGCGGCGGUGAAAUUUAUACUCUCAUUCGUUUUCCAUCCAGCCUGCUACGACGUGGUACGUGGUGAACUGAUAGCGCAGCAAACAUGGCACAGAACGAGGAAAGACUGGACGUCAUCAUUUUUGGCGCAAGCGGCUUCACCGGCAAAUACACCAUCUACGAAGGCAUCAAGCUGCUCGAGGGGCUGCGGUGGGGCGUAGCUGGCCGCAGUCGCGAGAAAUUGCGCCAGACGGUGGCCGAGAUCGAAAAGAAAGCGGACAAGGACCUGUCGGAGGUGCCCAUCAUUACGGCCGACCUGAAGGAUGACGUCUCGCUGAAGCAGAUGGCGGAACGGUGCAAGGUGCUGAUCAAUUGCUGCGGCCCGUACCGAUUCUACGGUGAACCGGUGGUGAAGGCGUGCAUCGAGGCCGGCACCCACCAUGUGGACGUCAGCGGUGAACCGCAGUACAUGGAGCGGAUGCAGCUGGAGUAUCACCAGCGGGCGCAGGAGCGCGGCGUCUACGUGGUGUCUGCCUGCGGGUUCGAUUCCAUCCCGGCCGAUCUCGGCACCGUGUUUCUGGAGCGCCAGUUCGACGGGGUGGUCAACUCGGUCGAAACGUAUCUGCAGGUGACGUCGAAAAUUCCGCACGACGGUGGGGCGGUCCUGCACUACGGUACCUGGGAAUCGGCAAUUUACGGGCUGGCCCACGCCAACGAGCUACGACCACUGCGGACGCAGCUGUACAAAACGCGACUGCCCAACUUCCAACCACGCCUUAAGGAUCGUAUGGUGGUGCAUAAGGCGAGCUUUCUGAACGGCUGGUGGGCUGUACCGUUCCCCGGUUCCGAUCGGUCGGUCGUGAUGCGCUCCCAGCGCCAUUUCUACGACACAGAAAAGAAGCGUCCGAUCCAAAUGAAGGCUUACGUUGCGUUUGAAUCAAUUGUGCAAGUUUUGGCGGUUGCGUUUGUAGCGAUCGUAUUUGCGAUCAUGUGCCGGUUCAAAUUCGGUCGCCAGAUGCUGCUUAAGUUCCCAAAACUUUUCACCUUUGGAUACGCGUCGCACGAAGGUCCGACUGAAAAAUCGAUGGAAAACGCACAGUUUGCGAUCUACUUCCGCGGUGAAGGGUGGGAUAAGGAGGAGAAGUUGCUCGAACCCACCGACCAGUUCAAGAGCCCUCCGACGAAAAAGAUCGUCACGAAGGUGUCGGGCACCAAUCCGGGCUAUGGAGCAACCUGCGUUGCCCUGGUCCUGUCUGCUCUUACUAUUUUGCGUGAAAGUGAUAAAAUGCCCGGCACCGGUGGCGUUUAUCCUCCCGGCGCUGCCUAUGCUAAAACGAGCCUUAUCGAGCAGCUGUCUAAGAAUGGUUUCACAUUCGAAGUGAUCAAGCCGCCGAAGUAAUUGCAGUAAUAGGCAGCGGCGGGACGGUCGGAGGAAACUUUACAUUACAGCGGUAUAAAUUCACUCUUGGUACGUGUCAAACUGUGGGAAGGUUGCAAAUGGUUAGUGGUGGUUGCGACAAAGUCGCCUUUAACAUUUCACUGUCAUCGAUUAUUACUAAUACAUUCUUAAAGAGAUUAAUUUAAACACUUA